AUGACGUCAUCACUACGCCCUGUAAAACGAUAUUCCAUCGAACAAUGUUUUGUUCCUUUAUUGACUUCAUCCGAAUCAUUCAUUCUUAGUUACGAUGAACAUCCUCGUCCUUUAGUUCGCUUAUUCAAUAGUGGUUGCCACCAAAUCAUGUGUAUUUACCUUCCAACAUUAUUAGUUGAUAUGUGCUAUUCAUCCUAUUUGGAUGUGUUUCUUCUUUUGUCAAGUCAAUGUCUUUAUAAAUUAAAUCCAUCGAUUGGCCAACUCGAACAUAUCGAUGAUUAUGAAUUACUAAAAGAAAAUCGUUUUCUCUCAUCUUUAUGUUCAACAAAUGAUCAUCGUUUGUUUAUUUUGUAUCGUUUUGGCGAAUAUUUAGAUGAAUAUCCACGAGGAAAACGUAUUUGGAAACGGCGACAUUUGUGUGAUUCAAUUAGCGAAGAUAUCUCCUUGAUUCGUUCGUCGUGUACAACUGAUAAUUCACAUUCAUUUCUUCUCGGUUUACUCAUCGUCGAAUGGAAUGGAACAUGGCGUGUUGAUAUUUUCUCUUCGUCGAUACAGAAACUUCACACAGGUUUUCGUUUUAGUGGCUGGACACGUGAUGUGUGGCUUUCCGAUUGGUCACCUUACGAAUGUUGGUUUGUUGGAAGUCGAUGUCGUUUGAUGAUCGAUUCGAAAGGACAACCGAAGAAUAUUUCAACUGAUGAGUUCGAUUGUGAUAUAAAAAACAUCACUUGGAUGAAACAGAUCGAUCAGAUCAAACUAAUUGUCAUAAGAGAAGAAAAACUUUUGAUAUUUUUCAAAUAA